AUGCCAGAAAUUGACUAUGGCUGCAAUAGUGUAAUUUUUAACGGAAAAAUUUUGAUAUCUGGGAUUAAAAAUAGGAACCUUUGGUUUUCAGAAAUUCCUUAUAAAUUUGGAACAGAUAAAAGAAAAAUCCUAAUAAACGCAGAGAGAUUAUAUUUGAUAGAAUCUAAUAGGGGAUUGAUAUAUGAAAGUGAGUUCGGGGAUGAAUAUACUUGGAACGAAAUAGCAGAAUCAGUUAUCAAUGGUUUUCCACAUCAAGUUUAUUACUCAUAUAACAAAGGAGCAAUCUAUAUUAGCUGCUUUGGGCUUCCCAAUUACUAA